AUGGCGUACAGCUGCGGGCGCUGCGCACUUUUCCUGCUUGGGGCUCUGGCUCUGGACGCGGCCGGGCUAGUGUUGGUGCUGGUGGGGUCGGUGGUGCAGCCGACCCGGGCUGGGCGGCCGUAUGGGGACUGCCUGGUGCUGUCCGGGGCGCUGCUGCUCUUCCUCUCGCUGCUCUGCUGGCUGCUGUGGUACGCGGGGAACCUGCGCGGGGUGCCGGCCUCUGAGCUGCCUCCAGGGGCCCGCAGCCCCGGGCAGCUGCCACGCUCUAGCCUGCUCCGCCUGGCUAGCAAGCUGUCGGAGCGCCUGUCCCAGCGCCGCCCGCCGCUGCCCGGCCCUUCCCCGCCGGCCCCCGGGUCGCUGGAGCUCCAGCCGCCUGUGCGCCAUGGAGAGCCCGGGGACGCCCGGGGACCGGCUGGUGUGAGAGUCCGCCCGCGGCGCCCGGAGAGGCAGAAUACCUGGAAAUAUUGUCCUCGUGCAUACUCACCACUCGUGUGGAAUCUUGAGCUGGAAGAAUCCUGGUUGGAGUUGUCAAGCUGUCUGGAGGAUGCUCAUUUUGCUAAGGCCGUUCUGCCGAAGUGUUAUACUUCACAGCCUUUUAAAACUGAAAUGUGCACAGAUGUGAUUGCUGACCUAGGACAUGUGCUCACACAAUGGGGAUCUCUUGAGACUGGUCAAUGACUUCAGAAUUGCAUCUUCAUUAAGCAUUUUCACAAGCCGAGCCUUAAGUAAAGUUUAUUUAUUUUGUAUGCCAUUAUUUUUUAUAUUGCCCCAGUAUGUAUGACAUCCUCUGUGUACAGUGUUUACCUCUUGUAUGUGAUGUAUGAGACCCAUGUUGAGACUUGCUCCUUUGAAGUAAUAUUCACCAAUUCUUUAUGCUGUCUUCCUAAUGUUUACAGGUAUUACAGUUUAAUUUUAUGUGCAGCUCUUUAUAUAAGAGGACUGGGACCUUGAGUUUUUAAAUAUUAAAAUUAUAUUUAUUGAGAA